CCCACGCCUCCCUUCCCCUCUCCUCUCUUCACCCGAAGGAGAGGUCGUAGACGGCACCCUCGUCCCCCACCCCGAAGAGGAAUAGCUUCGAUUCCUCCGCGAUUUUUUCCCCGUGCGCUCGCCGAUUCCUCGAUCGAGCUCGCGCGAUUUGGCUUUUUGGUCGGACUCGCCCUUGGAAAGCAUGCAGUCGGAUCAGCCUGUGAUCAGCUUGCGGCCCGGCGGCGGCGGCGCCGGUCCGCGCGCCGGCCGCCUCUUCUCCCCCGCAUUCGCCGCCGCCGCUGGCUCCGGAGACUUCCUCCGCCCGCACGGCGGGGUAGCCUCCGGCAUCUCCAAGAUUGGUGAUUUGCAUUUAGAGCCACGCCCUCGUGUUCGUUAUACAAGAGAUCAACUUCUUGAGCUGCGUGAGAUUGCUGAUGUAUCUGAGGACAUUUUAAGGAUCAAGCAAGAGAUUGAUGUAGAAUUUCAUGGUGAAGAUCAGAGCUGGGUUCGCAAUGAUUCAAUUGUGCAAGGGCAAACACAAAUGCAAACCCAAACACAAACGCAAAAUCGGUAUGCUGAGACAGAUAAUCGUGAUUGGCGCGCACGCUCAACACCACCUCCUGCGGUUAUUGAAGAGAAGUCGUGGGACAAUAUUCGUGAAGCUAAAGAAUCCUACGUUUCAAGUGGUAGGCAGCAAGAGCAAGUUAACAGGAAUGAUCAGUUAAGCUCCCAGUUUUCUUCAAAAGCUCAGGUUGGCCCUACCCCUGCGCUUAUCAAGGCGGAAGCACCUUGGUCAGCCCGAAGAGGCAAUCUUUCGGAGAAAGAUAGAGUCUUGAAAACAGUUAAAGGUAUUAUGAACAAACUUACGCCGGAGAAAUUUGAUCUACUGAAGGGCCAAUUAAUCGAAGCUGGAAUCACGACUGCUGAUAUCUUGAAGGAUGUUAUUUUGCUCAUAUUUGAGAAGGCUGUUUUUGAGCCCACCUUCUGUCCGAUGUAUGCUCAGCUUUGUGCUGAUCUCAAUGAUAAGCUCCCAUCAUUUCCUCCCGAAGAACCAGAUGGUAAAGAUAUUACGUUCAAACGUGUGCUGUUGGACAAUUGUCAGGAAGCCUUUGAAGGUGCGGACAGCAUAAGGGCUGAUAUUGCAAAAUUGACUGGCCCUGACCAAGAAAUAGACAGAAGGGACAAAGAGCGGCUGGUUAAAUUGAGAACACUUGGAAAUAUUCGACUUAUCGGUGAGCUACUCAAGCAAAAAAUGGUUCCUGAGAAGAUAGUUCAUCACAUUGUCAAGGAAUUGCUGGGUGCUGGGCCUGAUAAGAAGCCAUGCCCUGAAGAGGAAAAUGUCGAGGCUAUCUGUCAUUUCUUCAAUACGAUUGGUAAACAGCUUGAUGAAAACCCAAAGUCUCGACGAAUUAACGAUACCUACUUCAUCCAGAUGAAGGAGCUAACCACAAACCCUCAUCUCGCACCACGAUUGAGGUUCAUGGUCCGUAAUGUGGUGGAUCUCCGAUCAAAUAACUGGGUCCCUCGUCGUGAGGAGAUUAAGGCCAAGACGAUCAGUGAAAUUCACUCAGAGGCUGAAAAGAAUCUUGGAUUACGACCUGGAGCUGCAGCAGUAAUUAGGAAUGGACGUAAUGCACCAGGUGGGCCCCUUUCGCCUGGAGGUUUUCCAAUGAACCGUCCAGGAACCGGAGGCAUGAUGCCUGGGAUGCCUGGGUCAAGAAAGAUGCCUGGAAUGCCUGUAUUAGAUAAUGAUAACUGGGAAGUUCCUCGUUCUAAAUCAAUGCCAAGAGGCAACCAGAACCCGCUGCUUAAUAAGCCAUCAUCAAUAAACAAGCCAUCAUCUAUUAACACCAGGUUUCUUCCUCAAGGCAGUGGAGCAUCACUUAUGGGCAAGAGUGCACUUUUGGGCACUAGUGGCCCGCCAUCCCAUACUUCCAGCUCUACACCUGGUCCAAUUCAGACACCAGCUCAAACUACAGUAGCACCGAAACCAGCUCCAGUCGUGGCACCUGUUCCUGAUAAACCUGCCAGUGCUCCCAAGGGGGUCUCCGCUGACCUUCAGAAGAAAACAGUAGCUCUUCUUGAGGAGUAUUUCGGUAUACGUAUUUUAGAUGAAGCACAACAAUGUAUCGAGGAGUUGCAGAGUCCUGGUUAUUACCCAGAAAUUGUUAAAGAAGCUAUCAAUCUUGCACUAGAUAAAGGUGACAGUUUUGUUGAUCCUCUUGUUAGGCUAUUGGAGCAUCUGUACACAAAGAACAUUUUUAAGGCUGAAGACCUGGAAAGCGGAUGCUUGCUAUAUGGCUCCCUGCUGGAUGAUAUUGGUAUUGACCUUCCUAAAGCUCCAACACAGUUUGGUGAAAUUAUUGCUCAUCUGAUUCUGUCGUGCCGCUUGAGAUUUGAAGCUGUUGAGGAGAUUUUAAAGAAAAUGGAGGAUACCUUCUUCCGGAAACCAAUUUUUAACGCUGUCACGAAAACCUUGGGAGCAAACCCAUCAGGUCAGGCUAUCUUAGUCUCACACUCUGCUGUCAUCAACGCAUGCAACAGCCUUUUGGAAUAAUAGCUCUUUGCAGCUUGGCCUGUCACUUUUUUAGAUACUGUAUCUAGUGGCAUCAUCGUGUAUUCUCAAUAGUUCAGGUGUUUCACCUGGUAUUUCACCUCCGAGGAACCCUCGUACUCGAGAUGUGAGGAACAGCCAGUUUUGAGCUGUAUAUUUUUGCGAGAUGAGAUGAGUGUUCAUUAUUGUUUCAACGACGAUGAAGGAAAGAAAGAAGCCAUGGAUUUUGCUCUUGGGUGACCAGCUUAAUUCGUUGGAGCCCGAGAUGAACAAGGCUGAAUGUGAUGUUUUUGUGUCCUCUUAAUGUUAGUUCUUUUCUGUGACACACAUUUUGUAACAAUGUACUUUGGUUUUGGAAUAUUCUGUUGGCUACAAUAUAUUGUAUUAUUUAGGAGUCA